AGGAGGAAAGUCUGGCAACAUGCGCCUUUCCUCCUUUCUGGCUUGGGCGAAACGGCGUGGUGCGGCACGGAAUGCAUGUGCUGCUGCUUGGAUGUGAACAUUUUACGGUUUUAGCGCAUCCUGCGGAAUAUUCAUGCGAUGUCAGCUAACACCAGGUCAUCGGGGAACCACUGCGUUAUCUUCGGCUGUACGAAUAAUUAUAGAAAGAGGAAGCUGUUGGCGGAACAAACGUGCGACGUGCAUCAACAGCCACGGCGUGUUUGUGGUUGCGAACUCGUCAAGUUUCACCGUUUUCCUGCUGACCCAGAGCACCGGCGUUUGUGGAUUGCGAGCGUCAACAGGAAGGACUUCCUACCGUCCGACAGUUCGCGGGUAUGCUCGGUACAUUUCGUUUCUGGCGAACGUACCGACACGAAUCCGAUACCGAUGAGGAGCCUCGGCUAUGAGCGGAAGGUCAAAGUCGGGCGACGACGAAUAGUGAGAGGCGACUACGUGCCUACGAAGAGACGAAGGGCGUGUGCAGCGCUCUCAUGUAAAACAACUUUUUUGUCGCCGAUGCUGCUAUUGCCUUCCUGGAGAUGAAGUGGAGUCGGCACAGCCAGAGCCAUGCGCACCCAUUGAUUAUGUUCUUUCAACCUCAACAAUGUACCAUUUUUGACAUCUCUGCUGCGUCUGCAGGUGCAUUGAAGGAUAUUCUUACUACCCAGCAUCCACAAUUGGAUGGUGUGUCGGAUGAAAGUGUGGAACCUUCACUAGAUGACAAUCAGGUGUCUAGAACUUUGGCUGGUAAUGGUGCCAUGUUAUCAAAAACAGAUCCAGAUGCAUCACGUGAAGAGGUGUGCAAAGUGGACGCAGCUACACAGUGGGAAGAUAUGACAACUGCCCAUCACACAUAUUCUGCACCUUUAAAGUUGGUAAAUAUCAGAACACCACUUUUGGAAAAGAUGACUGCAGCUGGCCUACGAUUCUACACAGGGGUAUCACCAGACAUAUUUAAGAAGCUUGCACUGUGCAUUCAGAGGACACCUUUGCGGCCUUCACAACUUCACACAGAAGACCAGCUGCUUCUAGCACUGAUGCGCUUGAGGCUUGGCCUUCUUUACAGGGACCUAGCAUCGAGAUUUUGUAUUGCACCAUCCUCUGUGUGCAAUAUAUUCAAGAAUGUCCUCAAAUCACUUAAAGAGAUCAUGAAAUAUGUCGUAAUCUGGCUCCCGAGAUCUCGUAUUCAGAGCACUAUGCCAAGUGCAUUCAUAGAAAAUGGUUUUCAAACCACUACGUGCAUAUUCGAUUGCACAGAGGUUGCACUUGAAAGGCCAACCAAACAAAAGCCACGAGCCCAAACCUACAGUUCAUACAAAGCUCAUAAUACUGUAAAGUUUCUUGUGGUAAUUGCUCCAAAUGGCCUUAUUAUGUACAUUUCUCGUGCAUUUGGUGGUCGUGCUUCGGACAAAUUUAUUGUCAGACAGAGUGGCGUCCAGGAAUACCUUGUUCCUGGGGAUGUGAUAAUGGCCGACAGGGGCUUCACUCUGGACCCCUACUUGGAAGCACAGGGAAUCAAAUUGAACAUGCCAGCAUUCACCAAAGAUAUAUGCAUUUGCAAAGGGAAACAUUCUUGCAUCAACAAUUGUGAGCAAGGUUGAACAACCCAUGAAUGAUGCAACAAUGGGAAGGGCCAACUUUCUGAACAGGAAGUCACCUCAACUCGGCGCAUUGCAUCAGUACGAAUACAUGUGGAGCGAGCCAUAAACAGAAUCAAGACGUACAGAAUAUUGAAGUCUGCAUUGAGCAUCAAGUGCAAAGACACAAUUGAUAGCAUGAUCUUUGUGUGUGCAGGCCUCUGUAAUUUAAAGGCACCACUAAUUGCACAGACCAAUGGUCGCACUAGCCAGGAACUGUAAGCAGUUGUAUGAAUAAAUAGUGCAACCCAGGAAAUUGUUUUUACUGAGCGUUCAACCACAGAAGUGAACACAUUGCAGAAGUUCAUAAUGGGGCAUACAUGAAAGAGGAAUGGGGCAUACAUACAAGAGUAGCAUAAAAGCACAGACAACACUGUACCACAUAGAACACACAAAAAAAACUAAUGUAAAAACUACUGCACUGAUGCCUCUGGUAAAUAUGUGGCUCUCCUGUACCAGCACAAACACAAAUUUAUUGAAACAUCUGCACAGAAAAUGUUAUAAAAAAGCUGGUAAAUGUACUUGAGUAUCACAGCAGCAAAAAAAUGUGUUAGAAAUACAUAAUAUGAAAAUGUAUUCAAUGUUGUACAGAACGUGAGGCAUCUUUGUAUGUACAUAUAUUGACUGCUGCAGCUCACAAACUAGAACAAAGAGUAUUCACAUCUUACAGAUAGCAAGGAAAUUAUGAUGAAAUUAUAAACACUGAAUAAAAAACUGACUAGUAUAGUAGGACUUGGUACUAUGCACAUGUUCAAGUAUUCAAAGCAAGAACAAAUAAACAAAAAUACAGCAUUUAACACCACCAAAGUGCUCCCCAACAGACCCACACAAGACAGAAAAAUGAGCAGUGCAAAUUUUCUGCAAAACAUCUAGAUUAGACAGAUACAUUCGACUGGCUCCCCAAAUGCCUACUUCAGUAUGAAUUAGAAUGCAACAGAACGGCAGGUCAAAUAAUGAAAAAUAUAUGCACAAGCACACUAGAUGUUAAAGGGACACUAAAGAAAUCCACUAAAUCAGUGUGGUGAACAGUCCUUCAAAACGGCUUUCAUUUGUACGCAUAAAUGUUCAUUAUAAGCAAAGAAAGCUAAGACCAAACUUC